AUGGCCGGUCCUAAAAAGGAUGGCUGCCUAUACGAACACAUCCGUUGGGGAGAAGCUUUCGUGAUCGUCUAUUCUGUGAACGACAGACACAGCUUUCGUGAAGCGCGAGAGCUUUUAGGUCAAUUAUCGAAGUUAAAAUUACCGUCGUAUUACACAAGCCUUCUGUUAGGAAAUAAACGAGAUUUAGACCAUUGCAGACAAAUCUGCGUCGAUGAUGGACACGAACUCUCUCUACAAUAUGGGUGCCAGUUUUACGAGGUCAGCGCCGCCGAAAACUUCGCCGGUGUAUCCUUAGCCUUUCAGUCUCUACUAAGGGAAGCGAAAUCCGUACAGUUACUAAAAUCGUUACCAAUUCGAAGAAAGCUAGGAGUGAACAGCGUAUCUAAAGUGUUGGGGAACAUCUUCGGCAAGAACUCCAAAGGUGACCGAAAAAAGCGACCCUCACUAAGUAUAUAAAUAAAUUUGCGAAACACCGAUAGGUACAAAAAACGUUUCUAUAAAUUAAAGUUCCUUCCCGUUUAUUCAUAAGCAUUAAUGUAUAUGUUACAUAUAUGAAACUGCCUGAAAAAAUGUGAUACAAAUUGAUUAAAUCAAAAUUCUUAUUUAUUAGUGCGUAUUUUAUGAAGAUGUAGCAAUUAACAAUAACCAUAGUAGUCUAGAUGUAGGUUCAAUGUAAUAAUCGAUCUCAUGUUAAAAAUAUGGAUUAUCUAAAAUUAUAUCAUUUAGAAAUGUUGUAAAUAAGACGUACACAAUUGAAUACUAAAAAUAAUACACUAUAGUGUACCUGUAAAUAUUUAGCAUACUUUUUAUACUAAUGUAAGGAAA